UCGCUGAUCAGAAAAAUCUCAGAAAGCCCAUUCUUAGCCAUGCAGUCUCCAUAGUCCAGCCCGCAACAUUUCCUUUCGCAUGGGGAAAGGAAGACCUCGUGCCGUUGAGAAAGGUGUUCUAGGGCACAACUGUGGCGCCGGCGAUUCCCAACUCGCCGGCUGUGGCGUUGGUUCCCUCGCUUUACCACCGGCUCCCGUCUUCUACCCCACCGAUGACGAGUUCAAGGAUCCCUUGGAAUACAUCUCCAAGAUACGCCCCCAGGCUGAAGGCUAUGGCAUUUGCCGCAUCGUACCGCCGAAAUCCUGGAACCCUCCCUUUGCCCGCGACCUCAAAACCUUCACUUUCCCAACGAAGACCCAGGCCAUUCACAGCCUCCAGGCUCGGCCGCCCUCAUGCGACUCGGCAACCUUCGAAUUAGAGUAUGGUCGGUUCCUCGAGCGUCAUCUCGGCAAGAAAGCUAAGAAAAAACUUAUAUUUGAUGGGGCCGAGCUCGAUCUCUGCCGUCUUUUCAAUGGUGUGAAGCGGCAUGGCGGAUACGGGAAAGUCUGCGACCAUAAGCGCUGGGGUGACGUUGCUCGGUUCAUGCGGUCAGACAGGAAAAUAUCCGAGUGUUCCAAGCACGUUUUGUGCCAACUCUAUAGAGAGCAUUUGUUUGAUUACGAGGAAUAUCUGUAUAAAUUGAGUUUUGAAAACAAGAAGGGAAAGAAGUGUAGAGAAAAGAUAGUUUGCCAUGAAAAGGAGAAGCCAUUGAAUAGAAAGAGAAGGCGGAGGGAUUCUCUUGAGGAGAUGAAAGAGUUGAAUAGAGGGACGUUAGAUCAGAUAUGUGAACAGUGUAAGAGUGGCUUGCAUGGAGAUGUAAUGCUACUCUGUGACAGAUGUGAUAAAGGGUGGCACUUGUAUUGCCUUUCUCCCCCUUUGGAUAGAGUUCCAUCAGGUAACUGGUAUUGCUUGGAGUGUGUUAAUUCAGAUAAGGAUAGCUUUGGGUUUGUCCCUGGUAAGCAGUGCUCGUUGGAGGAAUUUAAGCGGUUGAAUGAUAAGAUAAGGAGGAAAUGGUUUGGACAGAGUAAUGCAACAAGAGUGCAGAUAGAGAAGCUGUUUUGGGAGAUUGUUGAAGGGAAGGCAGGAGAGUUGGACGUAAUAUAUGGGAGUGAUUUAGAUACUUCUGUCCAUGGAAGUGGUUUUCCACGUGACGGAGAUCCAGUGCUGCCCACAGUUGAGGCUGACGUGUGGCAGGAUUAUGUGUAUAGCCCUUGGAAUCUGAACAAUCUUCCAAAGCUGCAAGGUUCUAUGCUUCGUGUGGUUCAUGAUAAUAUAGCUGGUGUCAUGGUCCCUUGGCUUUAUGUUGGAAUGCUUUUUUCAUCGUUUUGUUGGCAUGUUGAAGAUCACUGCUUCUAUUCAAUCAAUUAUCUGCAUUGGGGGGAUCCAAAGUGUUGGUAUGGUGUGCCUGGUAGAGAAGCCCGUGCGUUUGAACAGGUCAUGAGGAGUACUCUACCAGAUCUAUUUGAUGCACAACCUGAUCUACUCUUUCAACUUGUGACCAUGCUUAAUCCGUCCAUUCUGCAAGAUAAUGGUAUUCCGGUCUACAGUGUCAUUCAGGAGCCUAGAAAUUUUGUCGUUACUUUCCCCAAGUCCUUCCAUGGGGGUUUUAAUUUUGGCUUAAAUUGUGCUGAAGCUGUCAAUUUCGCUCCUGCUGACUGGCUACCUCAUGGUAGAUUUGGUGCAGAUUUGUAUCGCAUGUAUCGCAAGGCGGCUAUUUUAUCUCAUGAAGAGCUUCUUUGUGUUGUUGCAAAGAAUGCACGUGAUAAUAAUGUCUUACCACAUCUGAAGGAGGAAUUAUGCGAGAUAUUUAUUAGCGAGAAGAGCUAUAGAGAAGAGCUCUGGAAAAAUGGUAUUGUCAGGUCAUCUUUGAUGGCCCCAAAGAAGCAUCCCAUGUAUGUUGGCACUGAAGAGGAUCAAACAUGCAUUAUAUGCCAACAAUAUUUGUAUCUUUCAGCCAUUUCUUGCAGCUGCAGGGCUACUACAUUUGUCUGCCUUAAGCAUUGGACGCAUCUUUGUGAAUGUGAUUCAAGCAAACUUCGCCUUCUUUAUCGUUACUCUCUUGCAGAACUUGAUGACUUGAUAUCUGUGACCCCUUCCAUGUCCCAUGUGACAUCUAUCGAGAGCCGUCACCUUAUAAAUUCCCAGCCGAAUACAUUUUCACAUCAAGUUUCAGUUACUAUGAUAAAGAAGGUUAAAAAUGGACAAGUCACUUUUGCUGAACUUGCAGAAGAUUGGCUUUCCAAGGCUUGCAAUCUUUUUGAGAUCCCGUUCUCCAAUAGUGCUUAUGUUGCUAUCCUGAAUGAAGCUGAACAAUUUCUUUGGGGUGGGCAUGACAUGGAUCCAGUGCGCCAUGUUUCCAGUAAAUUGAUUGAUGCUCAGAAGUGGGCGCUCAGUGUAAAAGAUUAUCUUUUUCGAGUGGAGAGUUCCUCCCUUUCUAGGAACGAUAAUGUUGGUAAAAUAUCUUUAAACCAGAUUGACGAGGUGCUGAGCAUUGAUCCUAUACCCUGUUAUGAGCCGGGUCUUCUAAAGUUGAAGGGAUAUGCAGAUGUUGCAAAGAAGCUGGUUACUGAAAUAAGAAAAGCUUUUUCAUCUCGCUUAGAUAUCGGAAAAAUGGAAGUUAUACUAUCCAAAGCUAUGGAGUUUCCAAUUGACGUAGAAGAAACUAAAAUAUUAGCAGCUGAAAUCUCUUCUGCGAAGGUCUGGAUGAGGAAUGUGCAAUCAUUCUUUUUCCGGGAAAGACCUAGAGCAAUGGAUAUUGGUUCCUUAAAUAGGCUAAUGUCAGAGAUGGCAGACCUUCAAGUUCAACUUCCAGAGAUGGAUUUGCUGGCAAACUUCUCCAGAGAGGUUGACUUGCUGCACUCUCGAUGCAAGGAGAUCUUGACAUUCCCCCAGAAAUUGAAGUUUACGGAACUUGACAAUUUCUUGAAGGAUGCAGAUAAAGUGCGAGUUAGCAUUCCAGAAUUGGAACUCUUGAGGCAUAUCUACUCUGAUGCAUGUUCAUGGAGUCAUGAUUUCUAUAAUAUUCUUGAUAACCUUCCUGAUCGGGAAGACCAUGAGAACGUUGUUGCAGAGCUUUCUGGCAUCUUAAAAUCUGGAAAGCUCUUGAGAAUUGAAGUGGAUGAAUUGCAACUCGUUGAGGCUGAGCUGGCGAGGUCAUGUUGCAGAGAGAAAGCUGUAAAGGCUCUUCAACUUCAGACGCCCCUUGAAUUCAUAAGAGACGUAUUGGUUGAGGCAUCUUUAUUAGAAAUCAAGAAUGAAAAAUUGUUUUUGAAGCUUUCCAAAGUUGAUACAGAAGCUGUUUUAUGGGAAAAAAGAGCUAAUUCUCUUCUUACAAAUGGUGGCAGCAUGCCAGAGUUUGAAGAUGUUCUGAGGGCUUCUAGUCAUGUAUAUGCUAUCCUUCCUUCGCUGUCUGAUCUCAAGGAUGCAAUUUCAAUGGCUCAGACAUGGAUCCGUAGGUCACAACCGUUCUUGACAUACAAUAGACAAGCUUUGGAUGAUUUGGGUCUGGAACUUGGCAUUGAGGAUCUAAAGGAGUUGGUUACACUUUCUAAAAGUUUGAAAGUUAAUUUGCAUAGUUCAGAAAGACUUGAGAUGACUUUAAAUGAUAUUUAUGAAUGGGAACACCAUGCCUGUUUGUUGAUUGAAGAUGCAACAUCAUUUUUAGAGGAGGCUUCUAGUUUUACAACUGUUAAUCACCUCAUAUUAAGAAUCGAGGAGUUGCUUUGCAGGGCCAAUUCUGUUACUAAAAAUGGGAUUUCCAUGUGUGUUGUGUUGAGUGAAUUGCCAAAACUUCAGCAAGCUACUUUUACUUUGCAAUGGACCUUGAGUGCUCUUUCUUUUUGCACUCGGAUUCCACUGGCCAAGGACGUUGAUAACCUACUUGAAGAUGCACAUCAUCUCCCAAGUAUGUUCGCAGGUUGCAAUUUGGUUCAGUUGUUAUUAAAAGGUGCAACUUGGCUGGGAAAAGGUGUAAAUACAUUAUUUAAGCCUUUGAAUUCUAAACGGUGCACUCUGAAAGAGGCUGAAGAAGUUUUGAGAGAACUUCAGAAAACUGUGGUUCCAUAUCCUGUGAUGGUUGCUCACCUUCAAAAUUCAAUUGAAAAACAUAAAUCCUGGACUCUGAAUGUUCAUGAAUUCCUUAGUCAGCCUAGAAAGAGGUGUUGGGCUUCAUUACUGGAGCUUGAGGGGCAAGGACAGUCUGAUGCAUUUGACUGUCCAGAGCUGGCUAUUGUGGCUCAUGAAGUUGGUGAGGUUAAAAGAUGGAUGCUCCAAUGCCAAGCUUAUGUGCAACCUUUAGUUGGUAACCUUGGUUCUUUGUUCAUGGAGCUCAUAAAGAUCAAGGAAUCCCUUCAUAAAGCAUUGUCAAUAUAUGGGAGUUUGAAUGGAUCCAGGGCAAAAUCAUUCUGCGUUUGUUUCCCCUAUGAUUCUGAAAGUGAUCGCGAGUAUACAUGCAUGACAUGUGAGGACCGGUACCAUUUUGCAUGCAUGAAUGAUGACUGUGUAUGCCCAUUCUGCAUUAACACGAAAAGUGGAGGUAUUCAAAAUGGAGAAACAGCAUUGAUUUGUCAAGGAAAUCGUCCUGAAUUGAAGUCUUUUGCAAAGCUUGUUACUGAUGCACAGGGUUUCUAUCCAGGAAUUGAAGAGGUAACUGUGGUGCAAGAAAUUUUUAAGCUUGCUAAGGAGUGCCAAUCCAAUUUAUCUCGAGUGGUAGAUCAUGCAAAUACUCAUUACAAUGAUUUCAAUCUCAUCUCGGAAAACCUUGUGUGUGCUUUGAAGGCAACUGCAGUAGCUGGUUUAUAUGAUCACGAUGGUGGUCACAACCUUCAAACUGCCUUGUCUAGACAUACAUGGAAAGUCAGAGUUAAGAGAUUACUGAGUGGAGUGAAAAAAACAACUCUGCAGCAUAUUCAGCAUCUUGAAAAAGAGGGUCUAGAGAUGGGGAUACCACAUAAAGAUCAUUUCUUGUUGGAAAUAGCAGAAUUAAAGCAGAUUUGUUUGCAUUGGUUAGAUAUGGCAAAGAAGGUUGCGUCUGAUUUCGGAGAAAUUGCAUUGAGCAGAGUGUUUGAACUGAUAAUUGAAGGAGAAGCUUUGCCUGUCCAAUUCGAUGAGGAGAUGAAGUUAUUGAAAACCCGUAGCAUACUUUAUUGCAUAUGUCGGAAGCCUGAUGACCACAGACCCAUGAUUGCUUGUGACCAAUGUGAUGAGUGGUACCAUUUUGAUUGUCUCAACCUGCGUGAAGCACCUCGCAAGACUUUCCUUUGUCCAGCUUGCAAGCCAUUUGAUGGAGAAUUUAUCUCUCUUCCCAGUCCUGUAUAUUAUGAAGAAAGAUCAAGCAAUGAUGGAGAACCUAAGACUCCAGCUUGUCAUGAAUCCAAGCGGAGGAAACGGACUGGAAAGGUUGGCUCUUGUUUGGAAGGAAAUAUUGCAGAUACUGUUGACCAAAUGAACUUUCUAAAAUGUUGCAGCGAAAUUGAUCAUUUGUGGAGAAUGAAAAGGAGGCCUCUCCAAAGACCAUCUAGAAAGCACAGUAAUUUACAGAGCCUUUAUCAGUUGUUGCCAUUCUCAACAUGUAACUAGAUGAGCUAAUUUAUUUUUAUUCCAUUGUUUCUAUUCAAUUUUAUGCCAUUCAUAAGCUACAUUUUCAAUAAACAAUUAGGUUAUUAUCUUUGAAUCAUCAUGGAUUAGGAAAAACAAUUUAGAGUACUUCAUAUUGUUAGAAAAACAAUUUUCCCCUAUAGAGUGCCUAUUUCCUUAUUACCAUUUUGAACA